CAAGGAAAUAAUAGUUCAGUUGCCAGUCAAUCGCUUUGACCGCUGCAUGGUGAAGCUGCGAGCUGAGAACUGAAUGGCUUCGGCGGACGCCAACGUAAACAAAUAGCAGCACGGCUCGUUCAGAAUUGUGAACAGGUGGAUUUUUGGUCAAGUUUAGACAGACACUUUAGUGUUUUAUGUGGAUGUCUGUUCUUUUUUAAAAAAUGUGGUGCUGUGACUCAUUAUUUUGGAAUCAAACGGAUUAAAGCUUUUGAGUGACAAAAGCAGUUGCGACUUUUGGGGGAUCUCUGAAUCCUAAUCGUCGUCUGCAGUUUUUUUCUUGAGUCGUCAUGAGCAGUGACAGUGAAGUGAGUGGACCUUCUCCGUUGCCAUCCCCCAUUUUUGCCCGGUGUAGUCCCGCAAGGGGCACCGUGGCCAGGAAAUGUAGGGAGUUCUACCUGAAACGUUUGGAAAGGACUGCCAGCAUGCAAAAACGAUGGAGUAUCUGCUCGGUCCCGCAAGAAGGCAUGCAAGAAUUCGGCACGCCCCUGGAACAAAAGUGUUCAGAAGAUGAACUGUGCAGUACACCUACUAGUGAUCAACAACCUGUUGUGGUGAAUGGUGGUGAAAUGAAUGAUGGUGCAAAGACUUGCGACAGUUUCGAGGGAUACCCUUUGAGAAAGUGCCGAUCUAGUUUCGAUUUAGCAAUGGAUAGCCUGCGGAAGGAAAUAAGUUCUCUGAUUGCUCAAGACAACGAUCUCUUCCGUCAACUGCUGUCUCUCCACGAUUCCAUAGCGGAAUUGAGAGAACGCCAACGACACAGCGCUUGUUUGGACGAUGACGAUGACGAAGAGGAAGACGACAUCGAUAUCACGGAAUGCCCCGGACAUCGCAAUAGUCACAACUCUCCUAGUCUGGAGUCCCUGUCAGACCCGGGUGAGCUUCCAGAAACAUCUCCAGAAUCCACACUAUCCUCGCGUUCUAGUCUCUCUGCAAAAAGUUCCGACUUCAAACCUCGGAAGUACCAUAAUCCCUGCAGCAAUCAUCGUAAUCGUUAUCGGAAGGAUGACGUCAAACAGCGCCAGAGAAUAACGAAUAACUUUAAAGACGAUUCCAGACCUCUGAUUUUCAUCGAUAAAUCAGAGAUUUGUUUCCGAUGUCGCAAAAUGGCGCCGCCCUAUCGAAGAUCAAGUUCAAUAACUAGUUUAUAUUAUUUGCAUGAAGACAUGGAAUCAUAUGAUUCUGGUAUCCAUCUGCAAGGAUCUCACUCUGAUUCCGAUCACGAGAUAUUCGUGUGACAGAAUCUGUUAUCUUUAUUUUUUUCAGCUGUGUUUUAAUAAAAUAAAAAAAAAAUUAGAAAUUACCUCUAUGAGAAUGUAUGAGAAUAUUUGAAUAUUUUAGUCAGUGUUUGUCAUUUGCUUCACUAUGCUGAGAUUGCCAAGUGCAUUUGACGUUAUUAAGUGACGUUGUCGUUCUGAACUUCUCCAGAUUUAGUUCAGUUUGUGAAAUACUUGUCAAUAAUUUUUCUAGAUAUUAUUUGAAUUGCAGAAUCAAAUUACUACGAACUGUUUUUAA